CACCACCUGUCCCUGGACACCUCUGUCACCAUGUGGUUCCUGGUUUUCCUGCUCACCCUGUCCCUGGAGUGGACCGGUGCUGCCCCCCUCAUCCAGUCCCGGGUUGUGGGAGGCUGGGAGUGUGAGCAGCAUUCCCAGCCCUGGCAGGCAGCUGUGCUCCGUCGUGGCUUUGCACAGUGUGGGGGUGUCCUGGUGCACCCCCAGUGGGUGCUCACAGCGGCCCACUGCAUCAGCCGCAACAGUCAGGUCUGGCUGGGUCAGCACAGCCUGCUUAAGCACGAAGACACAGGCCAGGUGGUCAAAGUCAACGGCAGCUUCCCACACCCGCACUACAAUAUGAGCCUCCUGAAGCGCCAAGUAUUUGGGCCAGAUGAUGACAGCAGCCACGACAUCAUGCUGCUCCACCUGUCAAAUCCCGCCAACAUCACGGACGCUGUCAAGGUCCUGGACCUGCCCACCCGGGAGCCAGAAGUGGGGAGCACCUGCUACGCCUCAGGCUGGGGCAGCAUCCAACCAAAGACGUUCUUGCGCCCAAAGGCUCUCCAGUGUGUGGACCUGGAGCUCUUGUCCAAUGACAAGUGUGAAGAAGCUUACUCUGAAAAGGUGACAGAGUUCAUGCUGUGUGCUGGGCACUGGGAUGGCAAGAAAGACACCUGUUCGGGUGACUCGGGGGGCCCACUCAUUUGUAACGGCAUGCUUCAGGGUCUCACAUCAUGGGGCAGUCAGCCAUGUGCUAAGCCCCAGAAGCCUGCCCUGUACACCAAGCUGUGGAUUUAUCAGAAGUGGAUCAAGGACACGAUCGCUGCCAAUCCCUGA